UCCAGUUACCAUGCAACUUCAUCACUUCAGUGAUGCUUCUGAGUUGGGCUAUGGUGCUGUUAGCUACCUCAGAGUUGUGAGCAACAAUGACAUCAACUGUAAUAUCGUCCUCUCUAGGAAUAGGCUGGCUCCUGUCAAACCAAGCACAAUCCCAAGGCUAGAACUGGCUGCUGCUGUAGUAGCAGUACAGCUUGAUCAAAGGAUCCGUCAAAGCUUUGAGCUACCCCUUCUGGAUUCUGUCUUCUGGACAGACAGCACUAUUGUCUUGCACUACAUCAGAAACGAAGACAAACGUUACCAAACCUUUGUUGCAAAUAGAGUUUCACAGAUCCGUGAAGUAUCACAAGUGACACAAUGGAAACAUGUUUGCACAGAACUAAACCCUGCAGAUGAUGUUUCAAGAGGAUUGUCUGCUGAAGAACUCAUAAACAGCAAGCGCUGGCUCAAAGGCCCUGCUUUCCUGUGGCAGGAAGAACAGUUAUGGCCUUGCCAGCCUGAGCUAGGAAGUUUACCUCCAGAUGCAGAGGUAAAGAAGUCAAGUCAGACAUAUGCAAUGUCUUCCAAACUCACCAGUCAGUCAGCAAUUGAUUGUUUCAUCCAGAGGUAUUCUUCCUGGUACAAACUCAAACGAGCAAUCGCAUUGAUCUUACGAGUGAAGAAUAUUCUGCGGAAGAAGACUGAGUUAAGACUGUGCUCACCAAUAACACUGAAUGAAAUGAAGCAGGGGGAAAUUGCUAUCAUCGACUAUGUCCAGCGCACCCAAUUUACAUUCCCAAAGAAAGAAGAAAGCCUCAAGAAGUUAAAUCCAGUGCAACUUGGUGAUGGGUUACUCCGCGUUGGAGGCAGGCUCACCAAUGCUCCAAUACCUGAAGCAGCAAAACACCCAGCAAUCUUACCUCAAAAAAACCAUGUCAGCAAACUUGUCAUAUGGCAUUUCCACAAACUCACAGGUCAUUCUGGAGUUGAAAGGGUACUGGCUGAGAUUAGACAAUCAUUUUGGAUUAUCUCGGGCCGUGCAGCAGUGAAGCAAGUCCUAGCACAGUGUGUACCUUGCAAAAGACAAAGAGCUCCAAUCAGUACUCAAUACAUGGCAAACUUACCUGUUGAUCGUGUCACUCCAUGUCAGCCCCCUUUCACUCAUGUUGGGAUUGAUUAUUUCGGGCCCAUUAAUGUCAAAAGGGGACGGAGUGAGGUGAAGAGAUAUGGCUGUCUGUUUACCUGCCUAACAAUCAGGGCCAUUCACUUGGAGGUGGCACACAGCCUGGACACAGAGUCCUUCAUAAAUGCUCUUCAACGAUUCAUGGCUCGUCGUGGGACACCUCAAUUGAUACGCUCAGACAAUGGGACAAAUUUCAUAGGUGCCCGCCAUGAAUUGCAGAAGGCUCUAAAUGAAUGGAACCAGCAAAGAAUUGAAGAGCAUCUACUCCAGCGAGAAACACAAUGGAAGUUCAAUCCUCUUGCAGCCUCACAUAUGGGGGGCGUAUGGGAGAGGCAGAUUCGUUCUGUCCGCUCCAUUCUCAUGAGCCUUGCAGGACAACAGAUUUUGGAUGACGAAGGAUUAACAACACUUUUCUGCAUCAUUGAAAACAUUGUGAAUGGGAGACCACUAACAAAGGUGUCAGAGGACCCAAGAGACAGUCAGCCUUUAACUCCCAAUGAUUUGCUUCUUUUGAGACCAGAAUGCCCUCUGCCUCCUGGACACUUUUUAAAACAGGAUCUGUAUCGUUGCCGCUGGCGCCAAGUCCAGUAUUUGGCAGACAUUUUCUGGGUUCGGUGGGUUAAGGAGUACCUACCCAACCUCCAGCAAAGGCAGAAAUGGAACCACCAUUCCAGAAACUAUCAGAUUGGAGAUCUUGUACUGAUCCUGCAUGAAUCCACACCUCGCUGUCAAUGGCCCCUCGGUUUGGUUACAGACGUCAACAUUGGAGAUGAUGGACUGGUGCGAUCAGUGCAAGUAAAGACUCAUAGAGGGACUUACAUCCGCCCCAUACACAAGCUAUGUUUGCUAGAAGGAAAUAUGAAUGAGUAGACUUUAACUACCUUUAGCUUGUGUUAUACUAUGAAUGACUUUGACUUAAUCUCACGUUCAAGAUUACUUUAAACUGUUAGUCAUUCCUCGAAGUCCAAUUAUUAUCAUAUACAAAGGUUUUUUUUGUGACAGGGUUGAAUCUAAUUGGUUAACAUUUGUUAUCUAAGUCUAGGUUGUCGUUCACCAAUUUUUUUGUACUGGGAUGACCAUCUGUUGAGGUCAUCGGGGCCGGGAUGUUGGAUUCACUCCUCCCGUUCCACUAGGGGGCUCUAUAGUUUCCUUUGGAAGGGAUUAGUAGAAGGAACGGCAAACCGGAAGUAGCUUCCGGUGUCGUUAGCUUUACCAAGAAAGCUAAAUUCAACAAUAAAACUUACAGAUGACCUUACCUUAAUUAUUGCCCAACGUGUUUAACCGGCAUGGCCGUGUAAUGCACCUGGCAAUAAAUAAUAAUAACAACAAGAACAAAGACUAAUUUAUGUUCUUCGUAAC